GAGUCUGGUGGUGUCAUCACUGUUCUCGCUGCUCUCUCCUCAUGCUGCUGCUGCCGCGCAGUUUUUCUUUCCCUCUCGGCAGCUCUGGUUGUCAUCAUUGCAUCUCCGCUCACCUGCUGUGUCAGUUGUUCCUGCGUGACAUGAGUUCUUGCGGCGAAAUGGAGGAGGCCAUCGACCUCAGUACCAGGGAGCACGUGACCCCGGAGAUGAACAAGCUUCGUCAGAGCCUGAGGAGGAAAAAGCCCACCUAUGUGCCAGAGGCCAGCAGACCGCAUCAGUGGCAGGCUGACGAAGAGGCUGUACGCAAAGGCAAAUGUAACUUCGCUGUCCGAUACCUGGGGCUGGUCGAGGUGGAGGAGUCGAGAGGAAUGCACGUCUGUGAAGAGGCAGUGAAGAAGUUAAAAGUUAGUGGCAAGAAGACAGUGAAGGCGGUGCUGUGGGUGUCAGCUGAUGGACUCAGGGUGGUGGAUGACAAAACUAAGGACCUCAUUGUGGACCAGACCAUAGAGAAGGUUUCAUUCUGCGCUCCUGACCGUAACUAUGACAAGGCGUUCUCCUACAUUUGCCGAGAUGGUACCACCAGACGGUGGAUGUGCCACUGCUUCAUGGCUCUGAAAGACUCGGGGGAGCGACUGAGCCAUGCUGUUGGCUGUGCGUUUGCCGCCUGUCUAGAGAGGAAGCAGCGCAGGGAGAAGGAGUGUGGCGUGACAGCAUCAUUCGAUGCCAGUCGCACUUCAUUCGUGCGUGAAGGCUCUUUUCGCGGCACGUCAGGCUGCAGCCAGCAGGGCGGCAACAAUGAGCGAGAUGACAAGCUGCAGGAUAAGAAGAAAGAGCAACCUCCUGUUAUGCCAUCUCUGCCACCUGGCACUGCCUCGCCACCCGAGGGCGCAGUCCCCAUGGACCGUUCGGAGACUGGUGGGCCUCAUGCCAUUCCUCGUCGCCACGCGCCCAUUGAGCAACUGGUGCGUCAAGGGUCAUGAGGAUUCCCGGCUCUGAGUCAGAAAAACUCUCCCUUCAAAAGGCAGCUGUCGCUCCGCCUGAAUGACUUGCCAUCCACACUGCAACGCAAGACUGACUUCCAAGACAAGAACCCUGAGAUGGAUAUGGGGUUGCCAGGUGAGGGAGACAGUAGCAUCAAUGCUCUGUGUAGCCAGAUCAACACAUCUUUCACCAAACCGUCUGAAGAGCAUUUCUCAAACCCUCCUACUCCACCAAUGGCCCACCAGUCUGCACUGUGCCCCCGAUCUUGCUCCACCUCCUGCAUGCUACAGGCCACUUCUUCCUGGGUGCAGCCAGAUCCUCCACUACACUCUCCUCCUCCAGUUUCAGUGGCAAUGCAGAUUGGACACAAACGCACACCUUCUGAAGCUGAGAGAUGGCUGGAGGAGGUAUCCCAAGCUGUUAAGGCUCAACAGACCCCACCUCCUGGACCAACCCUUCCCACCAUCCCUGGCCCACCUACCAUUUCAACUCAGCAAGUAUCUGCUCAGGCAACUAUUCCACCUGCCCCAGUGUCCACUGUGACCAUGUCCCUUGGAUAUGCCCAACCCCUCAUGUCUGGUCCCUCCACUCUCUCAGGUCAGACCCCACUGCCACUUCCACCCAUGUCAGUAUCAGCAGUUCCUCUAAUACCAGGCCCUCCAGUAACAGGGCCCCCCAUGUCUCUGCCUUCCAUGUCUAUUCCCACUAUGUCUGGUCCUAGCAUGUCUGGAGCUCCCAUGAUUCAUCCCUCUCUACCUGGGCCACCAGGGUCUCUUCCAAGCUCUAUGCAGCCUUUUCCGUUGGCCUUUGAUGUCACACCAACGCCUGUGGGCAUGUUUGCCAAUCAGCGUCAGCCUGCUUUCAUGCAGAUGCAGACCUACAUGCCGGGCCUGGCUAGCAGUAUGACUUACCCUAAUGUCAGCGUGCCUGUGGUAGGCAUUACACCAUCGCAAAUGGUAGCCAAUGUCUUCUGUACCGCUACAGGUUCUUCUGGUGGCAGUGGAGCUAUGAGCUCAGUUGCCCCUAAAGUGGGACCACUUGGAACUGUUGGCCACCAUUAUUCGUAUCCAGCACCUGGUACAACUGGACACACGGGAAGCUUUUCACCAUCACUAUUCUCCUCCACUCCACCAAUAUCUACAACCAUUAAUGGCCUCCUACCCCAGAGCAACACCACUACAAUGACCAUCCAUAACGGGACCUCCAGCAGUGGUGGGAAUGGUGGCAGCAGUAGCAGCUGGCCACCAGAGGGUAGUCAGCUAACAGCACCAGUGGCUACAGAUUCCCAUGAUGACGAUCAUUUUGAGGCCAAGUCAGCACUGGAAACCAAGCAAGCGCCUCAGCAGUCUGGGAGUAAGACACCACCUGCACCAGCCAACCCAUUUUCCAACAAUCUGCAAAAGACAUUUGAGAUUGAGCUCUAAACCACAGGUGGCUUGUGAAAGAUGAGCACUAUCGUACCAUCUUUGCUUAGAAAUGGAUGCAGGUCCUUGAAGUCAGUCUAGCGUCAGACUAGUGAAAGCCUAGCAAACUGGUUGAACCUCUCAUCGGAGUCAGUGAUGUUUAUUGCUUUCUUUACACUCCCAUGAGAGCUUGGGAGAAACUUGGACCAAUUGCUGGGCUAAUGUAAGAAGAUCAGGUCUCCAGAUCUUUAGACUUGAAGGUUUGAUCCCUUCAUCUUGUUUUCCCUGCUUUCACUUCUCCACUCUGGCUUUACUUCACAUGCUGCAAGACCCCCGUAUAUUCUUGACAUGCUCCCACAAAACCAAUGAAGGGGUGUUGGCAGGGACUCAUGGAUUCUUUCUUUAAAAGGGGACUACACUCAGCUGCAUUUCAAUUUAAUGUGAUGUUUCUGGCCAUUUUGUUUCACCCGGAGAACUUGGUGAAUUAACUGCAGCAACAGAAGACGUGCAGAGCAGCAGGGAAUAAUUCAACUGACACAAUCGAUGCUGCUCUUACCCAAGUGCAGCAGAGGUUUGGAUGCCUGAAAGAACUAGCCAGUGACGUGAAACUUGACUCUAUCAACCCAAAUGGACAUAUUGACCAAGAGCAGAGAUUUAUGGCCAAAAUUAUUUUAUUUAUUGUAUUUUAUUUAACGAGUUAUAUAUACUUAUACAUCAGAUUUUUAAAGCAGUGUUCUCAGAGCUUUGUAUUACUUAUCCCAUAUAUUUAUUUUGUUGUUUUAACCAUAAAGAGGGACACUAAAGUGACAUGUGAGUGCAUAACAUUAGCAAAGGCAGAAACACUGUAGAAAACGAGUGUAAGAGGAUGCAAAUAACGAGGGCCGACGGUACAGUAGUGUAUAUAGAGGCACAUUUUCUUAUGCCUAUUAGUGUCACAUAUACACAUUUCACUGUGGCUUAGCCCCCAGCAUAUUUGUUAAUAAAGCCCAUACUCAGACAUUAAAACCAACUUCAGGACAUUUAGUGCACAGUCUGGGUAAUGGGGAA